UUAUUAGGGUUUAUUUCUCUCCUCUCUUACUCUUUCAAACUACUUUCGUCUUUCUUUCUUUCUCUUUCGCUCGCUGUUCCUUUACUCAUUCUAUGAGCUUUGUUUGAGUUCUCGUCGAACAUUAGGGUUAGGAGUAGGAUUUAGCUUUUGUUCUUGUACUUGUGUUUUGGUCCUUGCUUGAUUCCCAGAGGUUUCAUUGCGAUUUUUCUGUAGUUGUCGCGGAUACAUUGCUUUAUGUUGUUUCCUUGAGUUUUUCGCGGGAAUUAGGAUUUACAUACAGGAAUUGACUGAAGUCUCUACCAUUCGCUGUCGAGUUUGUCAUUUCCCUCUUUAAUUCCACCAGAAUUACUUAGUUAACUUUGCCACCCGCUCAACUUCUUUCUCGUUGGAAUUCAUCUUCUAGAUCAGGACUUCUGAGUCUAUCAUACAAGCCUUCUAGAAUUCCCAAUGAGACCAGAAAGCGAAUCCAAUUUUUGAGCUAGUGCUUGACAAAUUGCAGUCUAAACGUCUGCAUUUCAUUCCAUUAGUGUGACAAACAAGCACUGUUACUCCAAUUCAAACAAGCGAGAAACAGAGCCUGCAGGAAUACCAGCAGAUAGUCCAUUUGAUAUUGAGUGAAAGAGAAGAUGAUAGGACCAGCGGAUGAUUUGUUGGAUAUAUGCGGAGAUUUCUUCGACCAGAUAGAUGAUCUGCUGGAUUUUCCAACCGGAGAAAUGGAAGGUGAAGUAAUUGGAGGAGACUGCAAUGCUUUCUGGACUGCCCCACCACCUGACACUUUGAUGGGAGGACCAAACGCUGUUUUCUCCGGUAAUAACGACAGCAGCAGAUCAGAACUUGCUAAUGAACUCUCUGUUCCGUAUGAAGAUAUUGCCCAACUGGAAUGGUUGUCAAAUUUCGUCGAGGACUCGUUCUCUGCCGGCAGCAGUAUCACCAUUGACAAAGAUUCCUCCACCAAUGAUCAAAAUUCUUACCAGUUCCAGACUUCCAGUCCUGUCUCAGUUCUUGAAAGCAGCAGCUCCAGUUCUGGCAGCGGAGGAAGGACCAUGCCUCUCAGUCCCGAAACUAUCGUCCCUGGCCGCGCCCGCAGCAAGCGCCCACGCCCUGCAACUUUCAACCCACGGCCUGUUAUCCCCCUCAUCUCUCCCACCUCCUCGGUAACCGAUCCCUCCCCAUCCUUCUCGGCCUCCGAAUUAGCAUCCGAGUUCGAAAAUCAUGCGGAGUCCCGUCCAUGGAAGAAGGUACCGAGAUCUGAAAUGUUGGGUCAGAAGAAAAAGAAGUUAUCGCCUGCGCCGGGUGCAAAGGAGCAAUAUGCUCCAGCACAACCGGUUGCCGUGAGGAAAUGUCUGCACUGCGAGAUAACGAAGACCCCGCAAUGGAGAGCUGGUCCUAUGGGCCCUAAGACUCUAUGCAAUGCAUGCGGGGUCCGCUAUAAGUCGGGCCGUCUCUUCCCAGAGUACAGGCCCGCGGCAAGCCCAACAUUUGUCGCUUCAUUACAUUCCAAUUCCCACAAGAAAGUUCUAGAGAUGAGGACCCAGGCUGGCCAGAAGGCAGAGAUGGCUGCCACCGGAACUCCCAUUACAGAUGCGACAGAGUUAAUACCAAAUAGCCAUUUGCUUGAUUACAUAUGAAGGAGGAACUUGAGAUAGCCUAGUUGGAGUUUCUCUGUUCUUCCCUUUUGUUUUUGGGUCUUACUGUUUCAUCAUUUCUUGGUUCUUUUGUUAUAAUUUUGUACAUAGGCGGGGGAAGGGGAUAGGAGCAAACAGUUGACCAUAUUUUAGCUAGUAAUGAGAAAGGAAAAGAAGAGGAGAACCUGGGGUAAUGGAGGAUUAGGAUUAGGAAUGUUAGCUAUUGAAAUUUAUGUUCUUUGGUUUCUUUUUC